AUGACCGCGCAGGUCCACGCCGCAACGGAGGGCACGCUCCUCCGCCCUCGCCGCGAGCCGCUCUCUCCAGAGUACCGAGGCGACGACGGCGAGUACGUGGAACUAAACGACCUUUCAUCCUCGACGACCACGUCGGUCGAAUCCCUGCCCAGGUACGAAGCUGUCAUCGGACUGAGUAUCUCCUCGUCCGCGGCAGCCUCCCCUGCCGGUCCCUCGACCAAUCUCCACGCGACGCACACGUUCCAGAUCGAGACGCUCGGCCAUCCCCUCAUCGCCCUUCCAUUUUCAACCACGCCCGUCCCCAUCCUCAUCUACCGAGUGCUCCCGACGGGAACCCUCGGUCCCCUGGCCUACCAAUCGCUGCGACAGACUCGCCGCUCGGGGAACUCCGUACUCGUCAAGCCGGACGACCAUCUCGCCGAGCAACCGCUCUGCAGCACAUCAUACCGCUUCGGACCGAAGCGUCCGCCCCAUAUGCAGCUGCUCGGCGAGGCCGCCUGCGACGAGGUCUUCGAGGUCCACGCCAAGGGCUGCCACACGCGCGCCCAGGGCAUUCGCACACACCUGGGUACCUUUCGCUGGCGGUACGCGAGUCGCGCCGAGCGCAGGGCCGCCGGGGCGGACAGUCUCGUCGUCCUAGAUCUCGUCACUUCGGUCGCCCUCGCCGGCGGCAAGUCGCGGGAGCGACGGCGGAGAAUCGCCCAGCUCGUGCGUAACGACGAGUGGCGGACCAAGGGCACGCGCGGCUGCACCGCCGGCAACGGCGGCCGGUUGAUGAUGGACCUCGGCGAUUGGGCCGCCGCGAAAAGCGAGCUUCUUCAGAUGGAGGUCCUUGUCAUUGCGAGCUGCAUCGUCAUGCUGAAGAAGGAGGUGGACAGGAGGAAGAUGCAGCAAAUGAUCAUCAUGGCCGGCGGGGCCGGAGGAGGCCCCUAA